UGGGGAGCGGGUGGCGGAGGCGGCUUGGGAGCGGAUGCCGGAGCACCGUGAAAAGCAUUGGACACUUCCACCAUGAUGACAGCAUUUUAAAUAUAUCUGUCCAUUUUUCCAAUUUUAACUGAAGAAAACCUUAAGAGUUAAUACUUGAGGACCAGUGACUCUGCCAAUUAUCAGGCUUUCAGGAUGAAUCUGGAAAAACUCAGCAAGCCUGAACUCUUGACACUUUUCAGUAUUCUUGAAGGAGAGCUUGAAGCAAGAGACCUAGUUAUAGAGGCUUUAAAGGCUCAACACAGAGAUACUUUCAUUGAAGAACGCUAUGGGAAAUAUAACAUCAGUGAUCCUUUAAUGGCUCUACAGAGAGAUUUUGAAACACUAAAGGAGAAAAAUGAUGGCGAAAAGCAGCCAGUCUGCACAAACCCGCUCUCUAUUCUCAAGGUGGUGAUGAAGCAGUGCAAGAACAUGCAGGAGCGCAUGCUGUCCCAGCUGGCAGCUGCUGAGAGCAGGCACCGAAAGGUGAUCUUAGACCUUGAAGAAGAAAGGCAAAGGCAUGCACAGGACACAGCUGAAGGAGAUGAUGUCACCUACAUGCUGGAGAAGGAGAGAGAGAGGCUGACUCAACAGUUGGAAUUUGAAAAGUCCCAAGUGAAAAAGUUUGAAAAAGAGCAAAAGAAGCUCUCUAGUCAGCUGGAAGAGGAGCGCUCCCGCCACAAGCAGCUGUCAUCCAUGCUGGUGCUUGAGUGCAAGAAAGCCACCAGCAAGGCAGCCGAGGAAGGGCAGAAGGCGGGAGAGCUGAGCCUGAAACUGGAGAGAGAGAAGAGCCGGGUGAGUAAACUGGAGGAGGAGUUGGCAGCUGAGAGAAAACGAGGCUUGCAGACUGAGGCCCAGGUGGAGAAGCAGUUGUCUGAGUUUGACAUUGAAAGGGAGCAGCUGAGAGCAAAACUGAACCGAGAAGAGAACCGGACCAAAACUCUGAAAGAAGAGAUGGAAAGUUUGAAGAAGAUAGUGAAGGACCUAGAGGCUUCCCAGCAGCACAGUAGCACUGAUGAGCAUUUGAAGAAACGCGUCACCAUGUCCAAAGGCACAGCAACUGAGCCUCCCAUGCUGGUGUCUGUAUUUUGCCAAACAGAGAAUAUUCAGGCAGAAAGAACCCAUGGGAAUGUCAUAGCCAAGGUGGCAAACACUGGUCUUCCUGGUCCCAACACGCCUACUUACUCGUAUGCAAAAACCAAUGGCCAUUGUGAUCCAGAAAUUCAAACUAACAGGGAGUUGAUUGCAGGCAACAGUGUAGAAAAUCAAGUGCCUCCACGAGAGAAGUCUGUGGCAUUGCCCCAAGAGAAACCAGUGGAGAAUGGUGGGUGUUCUGUGGGAACUGAGACUCCAGUCCCAAUGCCCAGUCACCUUCCCUCUAGUGGCAGCUCACUGUCUCCCAGCAGCACUGCCUCCUCCUCUCUCACAUCCUCUCCUUGCUCUUCACCAGUACUAACGAAACGCUUAUUGGGCUCAUCAGCUAGCAGCCCUGGCUACCAGUCAUCCUACCAGGUAGGGAUCAACCAACGGUUCCAUGCAGCUCGGCACAAAUUUCAGUCCCAAGCAGAUCAGGACCAACAAGCCAGUGGUCUACAGAGCCCUCCAUCCAGAGAUCUGUCCCCCACCCUUUUAGACAACUCCGCCGCCAAGCAGCUGGCCCGAAACACAGUCACUCAGGUGCUCUCCAGAUUCACUAGCCAACAAGGGCCAAUCAAGCCUGUUUCUCCCAAUAGUUCUCCAUUUGGUACAGACUAUCGAAAUUUGGCCGGUACUGCCAGCCCAAGAGGUGACACCAGCCAUUCACCUGCUCCAGGAAAAGUGUCCAGCCCUCUGAGCCCUCUGUCUCCAGGAAUCAAGUCCCCAACCAUCCCCAGAGCUGAGAGAGGAAACCCUCCACCUAUCCCACCCAAAAAACCUGGCCUCACUCCUUCUCCAUCUACUGCCACUCCACUGACCAAAACUCAUUCCCAGGCGUCCUCUGUGACCACCACAGAAGACCUUGCCAGCAGCUGUUCUAACACUGUGGUGGCCAAUGGCAAGGACGUUGAGAUACUUCUGCCUACCAGCAGCUAGUUCCUAGGAAUGAGUCCCCACAUUUGACAUUCCAUCAGAUUUCGUCCAAGAACGCAGUUAGAUCAUUGAGUCAGAUUAUGUUAUUUAUUUUGAUAGUAGCUAAAACCAUCUGUAUAAUACACUUAGUGUAUUUUACUUUUUUGUAUUUUUUUAAGUAGAAACUGAGUAGUUUGGAUUUUUGUGGCUCUUAUCUCUGUACUGAGCUAGAAGGGCACCUCAGAGACAGCUCUGGCUCAGCAGUCACCGUCAUGCUGUGAUGGAGGAAGCUAAUUAAGUACCAGGUGGUGAUCUGCUGUCUAUUUUGAAACUAGAAUUACUCAACACUCAUUUUGAAUUAUGCAGAAGUGUUUCGUGCAGAUUUUUAUUCCAGAUGAACAUGUUUUAAAAGUGCCUGAAAUAAGACUGCCAUGUGAAUGUGUUUCUGCAGCAAAAACAAAAACUGGAUCAUAUAAUUGCAGAAAAUGAGAUCCUCUGUGAAUUCUGAAUGUUAAAAACCUACACUGCUUUUAGUCCUCUUUUAAUGUUUUUAAUACAGCUUUGUAUUCUGGAACAAGGCUGCAUGAGUAGAAUGGGAAUCCUUCAAGGUGGGUGUGAACUCUCCAUGUAGCUGAGCUUUGUGGAGCUCUCGAGGAACACUCCUGAGCACUAAGCAGUUGGGGUGCUGAUUUCUUGUACUUUUGAAAAAUUAAGUCACUCCCAAUUUUCCUCUAUAAAUCUUGAGCAGAAUGAAAUCACAUCUCCAUUCAAAAUGUCUGCAAGCAUCUACUGUUGUGUAAGGAACUUCUGAUUCUGUUUGCUUUUACUUGAAUAGGAAAUGGUUAUGCAUUCUGUAUAAAAGUAUUUUGUAACAGAAUGAAAUCUUUAUAAUCAAAGAGCAAUAACUUUAAAUUCACUCUUUGUAAUCUUAUAAGUCAGAAUUAUACAGGUUUUACC